AUGGUUUCUGGAAGAACGGGCAAAGAAGUAGAUGGAUGUUUACGACUGAUAAAAAAAACAAAAGUGGCUUCUGAUGGAACAAGUAGUGAUGAAAAUCGAGAUAUAAUCAUAGAAGUUAGUGGUUUGGUGAAAUGA